CGUACUGCUAGGCGGAAGGGCGGAGCUUCAGGUCUCCAUGGAGGCAGCUUCUCCUAGCAACUCGACGGGCGUUGAGCAGAGACGCUGGCCUGAUGGACGCCGACAGCCUCCUGCUGUCUCUGGAGCUGGCGUCCGGCAGUGGGCAGGGCCUCAGCCCGGACCGUCGGGCCUCGCUGCUCACGUCUCUUAUGCUGGUUAAGCGCGACUACCGCUACGAUCGGGUUCUCUUCUGGGGCCGCAUCCUUGGCCUCGUCGCCGAUUACUACAUCGCGCAGGGCCUGAGUGAGGACCAGCUCGCACCGCGCAAGACGCUCUACAGCCUGAACUGCACAGAGUGGAGCCUCUUGCCCCCUGCCACAGAGGAGAUGGUGGCACAGUCGUCUGUGGUGAAGGGCCGCUUCAUGGGGGACCCAUCAUACGAAUAUGAACACACUGAGCUGCAGAAGGUGAAUGAAGGUGAAAAGGUCUUUGAAGAAGAAAUAGUGGUGAGUGAAGAGGAGAGCAGGAGGAGGCUCUUCCACAAAAUCUCUAUGAAAUCCUUUUGUUCAGGGUUGCCCUACAUAGAAAUUGUAACUAAAUUUCAUCUGUGUAAAAAUGGGAGAAAGGGGGCUGGGGGGUUUUGGGCUAACCAUCCUUUUCCUGCCUGCCACCUCUUUCUAGGACUGUCCUUGUCUGAGGCCAAGAAGCUCAGCUCCUACUUCCAUUUCAGGGAGCCUGUUGAGCUAAAGAAUAAGACCUUGCUUGAGAAGGCUGACCUGGACCCCUCCCUGGAUUUCAUGGACUCCUUGGAGCAUGACAUUCCCAAAGGGUCCUGGAGUAUCCAGAUGGAGAGGGGCAAUGCCCUGGUGGUGCUGCGCAGCCUGCUCUGGCCAGGCCUCACCUUCUACCAUGCUCCCCGCACCAAGCACUAUGGCUACAUCUACGUGGGCACUGGUGAGAAGAACAUGGACUUGCCUUUCAUGCUAUAGAAUGGAAGCCAGCCUGGAUUUUUAAAAACAGUCUAAACAUGAUUUUCUUAAGCUUCA